AACUCUCGCAGGAGUGACGGGCGCUCCAAUUUCCGCGGUCCAUGAACGCAGCGUCGGCCAAACUGCCUCCCUCCAUUUUGUGUCGCUCGCUCGGUCGCUCGCUUCGUUUCCGGGCUUGUCGAGCAGUCUGCGGCAGCGACGCUAGAAAGCACAUUAGCCCCGCUCAACUAAACGGGAUGGCUCCGCGAACGCGCUAACGACAGCGCGCUUAAAUGUUUUCCUCUUCAAAGACGAGCUGUUCAAAGGUCGCCUCGGAAUCUAUCGCAGCCCAAACUUGCCGCUGACAGCUGGAAGUAAACAGCUACAUGCUAAGCUCUUAGCUUCACUUCGGCUGCGGGGCUAACCUGCAGGCUAAACCGACGGCGGUCGUAGAGCCCUCAGCUUAGCAAGGUGUCAGUAGCAGGCUAACCUGGAUUCUUUUCCUGCUCGUGUUUAUUUAUUCUUCGCCAGCGACUCGCUGUUAUAAAUUUUUCCACCGCCAAGGAAGAAAGGAAGGGUUUGCCAGAACUGUACCCCCACCCCUUUAAUGUUGUUUUUUGCGACGCACCUCUUCGUGGAGUUUGGAGGUUUGACCAUAUUGCAGCAGCAGAGGCAUUGAAGUACUGUGUCCUUAAAUAAAAAGGAGGAGGUGGUGCCAACAGAGUAACAAGAUGCCCAUUCCUCCCCCUCCCCCACCUCCCCCGGGACCCCCGCCGCCACCAACCUUCCAGUUGGCCAACACCACUCCUCCAAAGCUGAGUUCAUCAGAAGCGAAAGGCAGGGGGGCUCUGCUGUCCGACAUCCACAAGGGCGCCAGACUGAGGAAAGUGGGCGUGGUCAAUGACCGCAGUGCACCCGUUAUCGAGAAAUCAGGAGGAGGAGGAGGAGGAGGAGGAGGAGGAGGUGGUGGUCCAAUGGGAAUGGGAGGCCUCUUCCAAGGAGGAAUGCCAAAGCUGCGACCACAUGGAGAUGGUUCAUCGGGCGGCUCGGUGGGCAGAUCAGCCCUCAGACCGCCAGGGUCCCGGCCAUCAGCCCCCCGCCCUCCGUCUGGCCGCUCUUCAUCACCGUCUCCCCCAGAACACCAGCGCUCCCAUCGACCCUCCCUGCCGGACAUCACUCGGCCCCCCAACAUCAGCAGCAGCAGCUCCUCCUCGGGGGGUGGCAUGAAGCACAGCACAUCGGCUCCGCCCCCUCCGCCGCCCUUCAACCGUGGAGGCCGGGGCAACGCCCCACCCACCCCCAACCAGAAGGUGACAGCCCCCUCAUCCUCUGCCCAGAAGCCCUUGCCACCCACGCCCAGCCGAGGCCCUGCUCCUUCCAACGCUCUCAAGAACGCCCUGGCUUCAAGCCGGCCCCCCACCAGUGGGUCUUCGGCGCCGCCCCCUCCACCGCCCUACAGGGUCCACACGUCGCUCUCCAACGGCCCGGCCCAGACCGAUGGUGGGGGUGCCCCGGAGCUACCGCAGAGGCACAACUCUCUGACCAAGAAGCACACUGUACAGGGGCGCAACCAUGCCCCUCCCCCACCGCCAUCCUCGUCGCCGUCCCUGCAGGUUAGCCGACCGCCGCCCCCUGCUAGGGAGCCGCCAGGACGCAGAACAGCCCCACAGGCACCUCUUUCCGGCGCCCGCAACGGCAACCGCGACGCCCCUCCGCCGCCCCCGCCGUACCGCGGCCACAGCUCAGCUCCAUCGGAGCCCCUUGGCCGGGGGGUGCGACCCGCGCCCCCGCCCUCCUUCUCCUCCUCAUCCUCGUCAUCGUCCUUGUCCUCAUCCUCCCGCACCCCUGCCGGACCCCCGCCGCCACCCCCACCCGUCCGAAACGGACACGCCGGUGUCUCCAACUCUUCCAAGUCCAUCUUGGAUGAUUUUGAAUCAAAGUUCAACUUCCACCCCAUGGAGGACCUUCCACCUCCAGAGGAGUAUCGGCAUUUCAACAAGGUUUACCCCAGCAAGAGUGGCAAGGGCAUUCUGCGCGGAGCUCCCCCUGCGCCUCCGGUGGGAAGGUGAACAUCCCACAAAACUCAGGACUUGAAAUCAUCAGUCAAUAGCAUCUGGUCUGGCGGGGGAAUAGGACACACACACACACACACACAAACAAACAUACACACAAACACUAACCAUGUGGACUUGUCAAGAAGAAACGAUGCCUCAUGAAACUUUUUGACGUUUUUCUCAAAUGUUUUGAGGACCCCCUCCCAAGCGUCCGUAACUGCACAUUCCUUCUUUUUAUACACUUUUUUUUUUUCGUCAGGUGCCAGCAUUGAUCAUUGGUGGGACAUGCACACACACAUGAUCAUGCACGAAUGUGGGCUGUUUUUCCUUCUUUCUAUUUUUUUUUUUUUAAAUCGCUCCAGGGUGCGCUUGGAACGGCUACAUCUGUGUGCCAAAGGUUGGUGGAGCUUAAUGAUGAACCCAGUCCAAAAGUUGUUUGAUAGACGCCUCAUCUGCUUGUUGAGCUUCACAUUCCGAAUGGUGUUUAUGAUAUUAUUUUGUUUUGGGGGAGGAGGGUAAUUCCCGUUUUAAGCCCCCAGUCUUCUGCUAUUCUUAAUGGGGAGGGUGAUUGUAUUCCUAUUUUCGCGUUGCACAACGGCCAGCAGACAUGCAUGACGCCCAUUUUUGCACUUGCGGGAUCAGGUCAUGUAAUAACUGUAACAACCGUAUAAUUAAUGUGUAAUAACAUCAGAGCCAGCGCCUCGCUUUUGAAUGACAGCGUUUAUUGGGCUGACUGUAAAGGGAUCGUUUCGGAGGGGAGCUGGCGUCCAUCAGCCAGGAAGUGACCAUCAGCUGCUUUUACUAUGCAAGAAUUUGUACAGGUCGUAGUUGCUAGCAGCUAACCAAAAAAGUGAAAAAACAAACAAAAAAAAAAACACUAAAGUGCCAGAGAGAGAAAUUAAGUACGUAGUGGGGAGUGUCUUUUUAUGUCACUUUUAAUAAUAAAAAAGCUUGAGAGAGAGAAACACUAAAAAAAAAAAAAAAAAACCUGAAGAUUCAUCUGUGAAUCCACAAGAUAAAGACAGAUGCAGCGCCACAUGCUGCUAGUUGGUUGCCUUACACGCGUCUCGUCCCAUAACGGUACCUGUGCUACUCCCCCCCCAAAAAAAAUCUGAUUCUAUUUGCAAAUGUAUAUUUACACCGUAGAAUAUGAUAAUCCCAGUUACCAUUGAUCUAUUUUUGUGCUGUACAGAGUGUAAUAUAGGAAAGUUCUAAUGAGGAGCGGCGCGCACUGAUGUCGUCAUCAUCAGGUCACACUGGUGUCACGUUAGCACCCUCACGUUUCCUGUUAAUCAGCCAUCUUUUUAUCACUUGAAAGUGUUUUGAAUAAAUAUAUUCCUGUUGGGGUAAAGCGGA